AUGGUAAAAAUCGUACUCGCUGGUGGCGCCGGCAAUGUUGGACGGGAAGUAUUGGAGACACUUCUAGCGGAGGGCAAACAUGAGAUCAAAGUAUUUUCCCGAAAAGAAGUUCCAGACUUAGCUAGACAAGGAGUCAUAGUAAAUAUUAUAGAUUAUCUAGACAAAGCAGCACUUGUGCAUGCACUCGAAGGAGUCGACACCGUUCUCUCAUUUAUCAUUACAUUCAACGAUCCAAAUAAUCAAUCUCAGACAAAUCUCAUUGAUGCAUGCAUCGAAGCCGGCGUUCGUCGGUUCGCACCCAGUGAGUGGGCUACCAGAAGUCAUUGCGGAAUCCCCGAAUAUGAAGGAAAAGAUCAAAUAUAUGAUUAUCUCCGAGAAGUCAAUAAAGAGAAAAGGGUACGUUGUUCCAGAUUCCUCAUCCGCAAUGCUGAUUUGGGAACAGGUUUGGAAUUCACUUUAUUUCAGUGUGGAUUGUUCUUGAAUUAUUUUAGUUACCCACAUCCCUCGACGAAAUUCAUGCAAAUAUUUCCAAUGCCGAUAGAUGUUGAGAAUUGUAGAGCUAUCAUUCAUCGGGAUACAAAGGCCAGAAUCACUUUGACCUCCGUGCAAGAUUUGGCAAGAAUUGUCACUAAGGCAGUGGACUAUGAAGGCGCAUGGCCAGAAGUUAGCGGAGUUCGUGCCAAUCAAAUAUCGGUCUUGGACUUCAUUGGGCUUUGUGAAAAAAUUAGAGGACAAAAGUUCGUCGUGGAAUCUAUUGAAAAGGGUGACUUGGAAGAGGGUAAAUUUACAUCUUCCUGGUUCCCUGUCAUCGUACACUUUUCGGUUUCGGAAGAUCAAAAAGAUGCUUUCUCACAGAGUUAUUUUUCAGCAUUCAUUUUAGCUCUUGAGCGUGGUGGCUGGGAUGCUUCUAACGAGUGGAAUGAGUUGUUGCCAGACUUUCGAUUCACAUCCGCUGAAGAGUUUCUGUCGAAUAUUUGGAAGCACGGGUCAUGA